ACAGUUUGUAGUGUUAAGACAAAUCAAAUAAAUUGAAAGAGAAUAUAGAUUUUAUGUCGAUAGGACUAUGUCUUCAUCUGUAUUGUGUAAUAAUAUUUCUUAUUUUAAGUGUUGUGUUGUUCACUUUCAAGUUCAGUUUCAAAUAUCUGUCCAUCAACAAGAAUUGUCACUAAGAUUCUAACGUUUUCACUUAGCGAUCCCAUUAGUCUCAGUCCAUUAUUGCGUCGUCCUUUCUUUCGGUCGCCUAACUGUACCAGUUCUCUCUUUCUCCGUCGCUCUUUACGUUACUACCGUCCGCAAGUACGGCGAUGAUUACAUCCGGGAAACGCACAUUUACUCGUAAAAGAAAAUACUACCGUAUCUUUACGGUCAUGUGACUACACGUACGACCACGUGCUCAUAGCAUUCUCUGUCAGCAUAUAACAAUUAAGGUGGAAAUUCAUCACAUGUUGUAACGGCCGGUGAAGAAAGCCUUUAAACAAGUUUAUCGUCUUUGCCUAUCAUCAUUUAAUUAUUCCUCUUUUUACACGUGUAGCUUCUUGUAUCUGUACUAAUCAGUUUAUACCGUAUUAUAGUGUUAAGAGAUAUAUUAUAUUAAGAUUAGAUUAUCAGUUAAUUGUCUGAUGGAAAUGUCAUUUAAAGACUAAGCAAUAUCGAUGAAAUAACUUUAUUAAGAGCGCUUGUGAAUCUUUCUGAUAGACAGGGAAAGUGGCAUUUAUAAAUAUACUAUUUAGUAAAAAAUGAUAAUAUUAUCAUUAUUGAAACGGUAUCAUUCGAUAAUGAGAUCGUGAUAAAAACUCAAGUUUGUACGUACAUUUUAUUCUUAAUGAUUACUCGUACUAUAUCAUUAAAGUAAACGACGAGUAAAGUGGAUAAUGUACAUUUAGUCCCGUAUAACAAUCGAUGUCAAUGUAAUUGGAAUUCAUCAAGUGAUGCAAAACUAUACGUAUAACAAACAGCUUAUACUCGAAAGGAGCUGCGAGAAUUGAGAAUGCAUUGGACAGUGUUGAUCAAAUCCAUUACUCUAAUUGUUCAAGUCAUUUUCCAAAUGUAACUCGUCACGGAUCGUAAAUUGUGCUGGAUUAACAGUAUCUCAGAUGCUGUUAAUGAGUUCUUGAUUUUCAUUUAUCAUUGUACAUUGUCUCUUACACACGCGUAUGCAUAGUAAGAAUUAUGUGUGAUGAUUUUGAAUCAUUACUCGAUGCGUUUUCUUUUUCCUCGUACAUUAAUAUUCUAAUGAAAUGUACAUUUUCUAGGUCAAAAUAUGCAAUACCAUAGUAUUAAGUAACGCAGAAACUCUCUCUUUCCAGCUUUUUUACUGAAUUUCACUUACUCUUGCUAACAAAAAGUCUUAAUAAUCUAAGUAAAUAAAUUUUAAUAAUCGUUGCUUCUUUGAUUAAAAUAAGAUAAUUUUAAUUAAGCGUAAAUAAAGUGCAACAAGAUGCAAGAAAGAAAUUUCCAAGUAAUCUAUAAGCUAAACUAUAAUUGAAGCUAUCGUUUUUACGUUAGCUAUUGAGCAAUGUAUGUGGUAACAAUAACAAGAAAUAACUAGUGUUGAAAAUAAUAAAAACUCAUUUCCGCAUGACACUAUUCUGUAACACGUAAAGUUAGUCAUGCAUGCAAAUUGAUGGAUAAAUCUACAACUGUUUCUCUUUCUCGAUGCAGAGGUUUGCACUUAUAAUCGUGUCUGGGUGGAGAGUAUCGUCUGUUUUACCUGCAUUCCACUCCUGAUGCGUUGUUAUUAACGACGAUUGGCGCGGUGGAGUUUUAAGGUUCGUUUGACAAGCAGGUCAGAGGGAUACUUACUUACGGGGCUGUACGACAUUGUUUUGGUUGAGGGGUCUUUCCUUCCGUUGUGCUCUGGCGUUAAACAGCGCGUGGAUCAAGUACGGGCGCGUAUACCAAGAAUCUUAAUGCAAUAGGUAGGAGAGACUAAUGGGUGCUCACUUAUAUAAGUCACAAUGCAACCAGAUUCUAAAGAGUAGUCUGCGGGAUUUAUCGAGCUGACCAGCAGACUGGACAGAGAGUAAAACGUAACAAAGGAGAAGCUUAUGAUCAUUGUGUUAGACGUAACUCAAAAAGAAGAAUCGACGAGCUCGCGAGAUUAUAAAUAAUAGUUUGCGAUGGAAAAACGACGUUCAAUAAUUUUGGUCUUACAUUUCCUUUAUCUCGCGGUGUUCUGCAAUUUAGUGACUGCCAAAAGUGAAUAUACGAGUCUGUUUGAACGGUGUGCAAAGGAAAAGAAUACCUUUGAUUGCUUCAAACGGCGUGCCUUGGAGAUCCUCGACUCGGCCAUCCAAGACGAUACUGUAUAUAAAAUCAAUGAUUAUAUUUCAAUUACUAAAGAUCCAGCAUCUACUGCUAGAAGUCGCAGCUCGAUGACAGCAGACAAUGACACGGAACUAAGUCUCGAUCAAAAAUUGGAUAACAAAUUCUAUGAGUACUUGACAUCGAGAAGCGUGAAACUGACAAUACCGGGCAAUGCUUUUGAAGGAAGAAAAAAGAAGAAUAAAGGUUACGGAUAUAUAAUAGUAGCAGGUGCCGUGUUAGCAGGCAUGAUGGCGCAACUAGCUUAUGGAAAAAUUGCUUUCAUCGCUGGUACGGCAUUAUUGACAGCGAAAAUGGCUUUAGUUUUAAGCGCGAUAGUCGGCUUGAAGAAACUCGUAUCAGGUGGAGGAGGUCACGAAGUGAUAUAUGCGACAGCAUCGGAACAUCAUGGAGGUGGUGGCGGAUAUGGUGGUGGUGGUGGUGGUAGCUACGGGGGCUGGCAACGCGCAAUGGAAGUUGUUCCUCCAACCUGAAUCAUAUUUGACACGUAUUACAGUUUCGAAAGUUGUAUGAUUUAGUUACCGCAUGUAAUACGUCUUCUUUGAUGUAUCCGAUAAUGUAAACGUAUUGAUAUUUUUUUUAUUUUAUUAUUUAUUUAUUACUUAAACAUUUAAUUAAUAAAAACAAAUUAAUGUACAAUUACUUCUUUUUUUGACCUAAACAAAUGUGUUAUUUCACAAAGAAUAAACACACUGUUAAAAAUACACAGCAAAAUUUAACGUAAUAUAACGGAAGCAAACUUUGAGUAGUUACAUUAAAAAUAUUUAAUGUUGUCAAAAGUGAACUAAAUUUCACAUACAUGUUUUUUAGUUAUAAAUACAUUAAAUUUAAUGUAUUUGGAUAU